AGUGGGACCCCACGGGAAAAACUGGGAGGGGAGUUGGGGGAAGAACCGUGGAAAGGAUCUUCCCCUUAAAGAUACUCAUUGGCCACUGGCUCAGGCCAUGACGUUCUCAGCAGAUUGGGGGUCACCGAGGGGCUUCACCGGCGCCUCAUCCUGUUUGUUCUCUUCCCAGUCCAGGAUGGCAGGGUCGCGCAACUGGCGGGCCAUGCAGGACAUGCGCAGGUACCGGCACAACUACCCGGAUUUGGAAGAACGAGACUGCAAUGGUGACAUGUCCAACCUGAGUUUCUACAAAAAUGACAUCCCCUUCCAGCCAAACGGUUGUGUCAUCGAGAACAUUCUUCAGCAGUGGAAGGACAACUAUGAUGUGCUUGAGGACAAUCACUGCUACAUCCAGUGGCUCUUCCCUCUGCGGGAACCGGGAGUGAACUGGCAUGCCAAGCCCCUCACGCUCACAGAGGUCCAGGCAUUCAAAAGCUCCAGAGAGGUCACGGAGCGGCUGAUCCGGGCCUAUGAGCUCAUGCUGGGCUUCUACGGGAUCCAGCUUGAGGACCGCAGCACAGGUGCCGUGCGCCGCGCCCACAACUACCAGCAGCGCUUCCACAACCUCAACUGCCGCAGCCACAACAACCUGCGCAUCACGCGCAUCCUCAAGUCGCUGGGCGAGCUGGGCCUGGAGCGCUUCCAGGCGCCGCUGGUGCGCUUCUUCCUGGAGGAGACGCUGGUGCGGCACCAGCUGCCCGGCGUGCGCCAGAGCGCCCUGGACUACUUCCUGUUUGCCGUGCGCUGCCGGCGCCAGCGGCGGGAGCUCGUGCACUUCGCGUGGGAGCACUUCCGGCCCCGCUGCAAGUUCGUGUGGGGGCCCCACCACAAGCUGCAGAGGUUCAAGCCGCAUGCCGCACCCCUGCCGGCGGCUGCACCCCUGCCGGCAGCCGGCCCUGAGCAGGCGGAGGAGGUCGACGCCCAGGGUCACUCCUGCGGGCCCGAGAGGGACACUGGCGGGGACGGUGUGGCAGCCGGGGGUCCCCAGCCACCCAGUGCCAAGGCCCAGGGUGUGGGAGCCCUGGAGGGGGACCAGGAGAGUGAAGGUGAGCCUCUGAGCCCCAAAGAGAACAAGAAGAGGAAGCUGGAGGUGAACAGACAGGAGCAGGCCCCGAGAGAGCCAGGCCCCCACAGCGCCUCGGACGUGGAGAAAAUCGCGCUGAACCUCGAGGAGUGUGCCCUGAGCCCCGCCGAGCAGGCCGGCGAGCCCGAGCCGCCUUGCCUCCCUGCCCCAGCGGCCGCUGCUGCUGAGGAGGUGCGGAAGCGGAGGAAGGUGGAGAAGGGCCCUGGGGGCGAUGCCACCGAGGUCGCGGAGGCCGGUGAAGGCCCUGCCCAGCCCCGGGCCCCGAGUGCGGUCCCUGAGGGCCCAGAGAGCAAGGCGGGGUCCGGGCGGAGGGCCCCUGGCGCUGAGGGAGGCCCUGUGGCCGAGUCCCAGGAGACAGCAGGGAUGGGAGCUGCCAAGCCCAGAAAGCCUUAGGGUGGGCGCCUUGGCCCUGCCCAGCCCUGCUGCAGGAGCUGGGCACAGGAAGCCAGGGCUGUCCCUUCUUGGUGCCCAGCAGUGCUGGUCUCUUCUGGUGGUCACUGCAGCGGCUGCCAGAAGGAUGGAGGCCCCUCAGGGAAGGCCGAGGCCUCCAACACUCCUUACCUCACUGUGCCCCCGGCCCGAGCCCCGCGCUUGUGACUGGCCCGCCAGGGUCCUGGGGAGAGGCCUCUUUUCUUACUCUGGUGCCAAGCGAGGCCUUUUCUGAAUAAACUCAUUUGACUUUGUC